CGAUCUGCCAAAUGUCUCUAUAUAAACCCUCCCUCUAAUAACAGCAGACACUAGAAAGCUCAUCUCACACCCAGAGAACAUAAAGAACAUACUAUUAUUCUAUGCAUUCCGUCACAAGCCAAACCACAUGUAAUGUUGAAGUCCUUGUGGAAAUGUGGACAUGAAUAGAAAAGCUUGACAAGCCCCUUAAAGACAGGCCUGAUGCAGGACAAGACCUAUCAGUCUGUGAUGUACGGAGAUGAUGCUACACAGAUUUCUGACAAAAUAUUUGAGUGGGCUCUACAAGGUGACUCGGCAGAGUUGGAAAAGCACUCAGCCCACCUGGGUGUCCGUGACCAUGCCAAUGCCAGCCCUCUGCACUAUGCCACCUCACACGGGCACAUUAGCACCAUACAGCUCAUUGUGCAGUUGACUGGUCCAGAUGAACUGAGUGCCAGUGAUGAGGAGGGCAACACGUCAUUACACUGGGCUGUGCAGAGGACCCAGAGAGAGAGCUGUGCUUGCCUUCUGGACCUGGGAGCCAACCCGAACAUCCUCAACCGCCGCCUCAUGUCUCCCCUACACAUGGCUGUCAGCCUCGGACACAACACUCUCAUCGAGCUAUUGCUGUCUCACAGCAACACAGAUGCCAACCUGGAGGGAGACCUGGGGAACACACCUGUAAUGUUGGCCUGCUGUGUUGAUAACCAUGAAGCUCUCCAUCUACUUUUUAAAUAUGGAGCCAGACUAUGUCAACAGAACAAGCUGGGGCAUUAUCCCAUUCACGCAGCAGCCUUUGCAGGGGCCAAGAAAUCAAUGCAGAUGGUUCUUCAGAAAGGUGAGGAAGUAGGUUACUCAAUUGAAUCGCACAUCAACUAUGUGGACAAAUCAUUCAGUACUCCUCUUCAUCUGGCCGUCCGUGGAGGCAACCUGGAGGUGAUCAAACUCUGCAUAGAACAGGGAGCUAAAAUGGACCAACAACAGUGUGACAAAUCCACAGCCCUCCACUUUGCCUGCACCCAGGGAGCAACCGAGGCCGUCAAACUCAUGCUAUCAGCACAUGAUAGAGUCUGUGAUGUCAUCAAUCUCACAGAUGGAACUUGCCAAACUCCACUGCAUAAGACAACAAUAUUUGACCAUGUUGAAUUGGCUGAAUACCUCAUUUCAAAGGGCGGAGACAUUAAUGCCAUUGACUGUAAGGGUCAUACCCCACUGCUUUUGGCAACAAGUUGUAGCGCAUGGAAAACAGUGAGCCUUCUUCUUACACAUGGGGCUAAUUUGAAAAUAAAAGACAAACAUGGCUGCAAUUUCCUUCACCUUGCCAUCUUGCAGCCUAAAGGUCUGACAAACCUUCCUCCAGAAUUCUUAAAGUGCAGCAGUGUGAGAGAGCUUCUGGAUGCAGAGGACGAUGAGGGUUGUACUCCCAUGCACUAUGCCUGCAGACUGGGCAUUCCAGAGUCAGUGAAGAACAUGCUCAGACUGAACGUCUCACUGGACCAGAAGUCAAAGCAGAAGAAAUCUGCACUGCAUUUCGCAGCCGAGUAUGGGAGGAUAAACACCUGCCACAGACUCCUGGAGAGCAUGACCAACACCAGACUGCUGAAUGAGGGAGAUGAGAGGGGUAUGACUCCCCUCCACCUGGCGUCCCGUGGCGGCCAUGUUAUAGUGGUGGACCUGCUGCUGCGGAAAGGAGCACUGUUCCACAGUGAUUAUAAAGGUUGGACAUGUCUACAUCACGCUGCAUCAGAGGGAUACAGCCAGACCAUUAUCAUACUCCUGGCAUCAAAUAUCAAACUGCUGGACAAAACAGAUGAAGACAAGAACACAGCGUUACAUCUGGCUGCCAGAGAGGGCCAUGCGGCUGCAGUGACACUGCUCCUGGACAGAGGGGCCCAGAUAACGCUCAACAAGAGUGAUGCCUCCUUCCUCCACGAAGCUGUUCUCAACGGCAGGAAAGACGCAGCCAUCGCUGUCAUCCACAAUGAGAGAUGUGCUGAGGCUAUGCUAUUGUUCAAAGUGAAGUCAACUAAGCGAUGCGUUGUCAUGGACAUGAUAGAGUUCCUGCCAGAGUCAUUCAAGCAUCUUUUGGACACUUGUGUAAAGGAGUCAGAUGAUGACAUAAAUAGUACCAACUACUCUAUCGAGUACACUUUCAGAUGGCUACAAGCUCCCAUGCAUGUCAUUAAGCUUGCAAAAGCAGACAAAAGCUUUGACUUCCAGCCUCUCACUGCUCUGAACUACAUGGUGAAAUUUAACCGCAUAGAGCUUUUGACCCAUCCUGUCUGCAAGAAGUAUCUGGAAAUGAAAUGGAAUGCCUACGGUAUGAAAGUGCACCUGCUAAAUCUGGCCAUCUACUCACUUGGUCUGGGGCCUCUGACACACAUCAUUCAUACGCUGAAGCCUGUCCUCAACACCAAUGUCACCAAUACCACGUCACCGUCACCGUCACCAUCACCAUCAGUCAGCAUGGUGACCACAUCCCUUGACGAGCAAUGCUACAUAAUCACCACAUGCAUGUUCCUGAUUCUUGCCAUGAGUCUGUACGCAGUUGGCAAGGAGCUGGUGCAGAUAGUUCAGCAGGGUUCAAAGUACUUCGGUGAUGUGACCAAUGCAUUGGACUGGGGUGCUGCCAUCAGUUCUCUGUUGUUUGUGAUCCCUUUAUUGAUGGACCUGCAGGACACAUGGCAUUGGGAGGCUGGGGUAGUGGCAGUUCUUCUAUCCUGGAUAAACUUUCUGCUCUAUUUCCAACGGUUUGAACGUGUUGGGAUCUACGUGGUGAUGUUUUUAGAGAUUGCAAAAACUCUUAUAAGCAUCAUUGUACUCUUCUUCUUCCUGCUGCUGGCAUUUGCCUUGGCGUUCUAUGCCCUGAUGCUAGAUCAUAAACUUUUUGAAAAUAGAGCUAGCAUACCGCUAGUAAUCAUGCAAACAUUUGUCAUGAUGGCUGGAGAACUCAACUACCAAGAAAAUGUCCUGAAGCCAUUUCUGGGAGGGAUUAUGCCGUUCCCAUAUUUGACCUACUGCAUUUUUGUUAUGUUCACCUUUGCUGUGCCCAUUCUCCUCAUUAACCUAAUGAUUGGUUUGGCUGUUGGUGACAUAGCAGAGGUACAGGCGAAUGCUGAGCUGAAGCAAAUUGGAAUGCAGAUUGAGCUUCACACUAGUCUGGAAGAGAAAAUGCCGUACUGGUUAAUGAAGAGGGUUGAUCAGAUCUCACUCACUGAGUACCCUAACAGAGCCUGUGACGGAAAGGUAUGUCCCUACGGAUAA